AUGCCUUCAACAGAUUCUUCUUCUUCUUCAUCUAAGUCUCCUGUCUUAGUUAACGAGUUCGAGUUAGCCGAUACACCUAACACAAAUUAUUCCAAAGAAUGUUCUACGGACGAUAAUGAUUUAGAUUCUAUUGAAAAAGGAUCUUUCAUGCAACUAUUUUACUAUUUGGAAAGAAAGGAUUCUUUAUUGAUCUUUGUGGGUCUUCUUAGUACUGGUCUUGCCUCUCUAGUCCCAGUUGCUACCACAUUCAUGAUUUCCUUGAUAUUUACUCAUUUCACUGAUUUUGUCUCUGGAAAAUACAGCAGUCUUUAUUCACCACUUAGAGAUCUUAAGUAUGUCUGUAUUGGUAUUGCGUUAAUAGGAGUCGGGUCAACAAUAUUCUCUUGGAUCCAAGCAUCCAUAUUCUGUAUUUUAGCAGAAAGACAGCAGACCAGGUGCAGACUUGCUUUGUACACAUCUUUCCUUAAACGAGACCUUGAAUGGUUUUCCAAAGGAUCUCAGGAUCUUAAUGGUGAAUUGAUUCAACUUAAUAGAUCUAUUGAAGAAUAUAGAUCUGCUAUAGGUGAGUUCUCUGCCGUUCUUCUCAAAUCCAUCUUUACGGUUAUUGCUCUACUGAUUACUAGUUUCACUAUCUGUUGGAGACUUACUCUUUUAAUUUUAGUUACAGUUCCUAUUAUGGGUGUUUCUGUCUUCAUUUUUGGUCAUUUCACUGACGUUUGGGCUCAGAGAGAGGACAAACAUACCUCUGAAGCCACUUCCAUCUUGGAUUGGAACUUGAGUUGUUAUUACUGGGUGAAGGUGGUGUUCUUUCAUCGGGAAGAAGCCCUCAAAUUCAAUUCCAUUCUUUGCAAAAAUAAUAGAGCCUACAACAAGUUCAACUUGUAUUCUUCUUGUGCUUCCAGUUUAAUGAAAGUGUUUUCUUUGAUGCUUUUUGUACAGAGUUUCUGGUUCGGUUCUUUUUUGGUUAGAAAUCACUACAAUAACAGUCAAGAAGUUCUUUCUGCUUUUUAUGCCUGUAUCAAUAUUGCUGUUACCUUUAGUUCUAUUUCUAUGAUGAUGGUUAUUUUACAGAAAGGUUAUGUGUCUUUUCAGAAAAUCCUUAAAUACUCUAAGUUUCCUAUCUCGGAUGCUUACCAAAAGGAUUCUUUCCGGUCAUUUGUUCCUAGUAUUCCUCUUCACAAUGAAAUUGCAUUACACAAUGUCAAUUUUAAGUACACCAGUCGAAACAGUCAUCAAUCUAUCUUAGAUGAUGUUACUAUGACAGUGAAAUCUGGUCGCAUAACGUUUCUUGUUGGAAAGUCAGGAUCUGGAAAAUCUACCAUUGGUUCAUUACUACUUGGUUUGUAUCAAAGUGAAAGUGGCAAGAUAACAUUUGGUGGCCACGAUAUUUCCAAGUUGGACAAGCUCUGGCUCAGAGAUCAGAUCACUUUUGUCGAGCAGUUUUCUCCAAUUUUUGAAGGUUCCAUCAAGGAGAAUAUUAUUAUGGGAGAUCCGACUCUUUUUGGGAGUCCACAAGACGUGAUUGAAAGAAGAGUUGGUGAGGCUGUAAAAAUGGCUUGCCUUGAACCGUUGAUUCAAAGCCUACCUUUGGGCUUAGACACUCCUGUUGGUACAGGUGAUAAGGCUUUCCAGCCCAGUGGAGGUGAAAAACAGAGAAUAACUCUAGCUCGAGGGUUCAUUAAAAACUCUUCUGUUCUUCUGUUGGAUGAAAGUUUCUCCGCCAUCGAUAUUAUCCAACGAAAACAACUUAUGAAAACUAUUCGUCAAUCCUACCAAGGAAAAACAGUUCUUGUUAUCACUCACGAUCUUUCUUUAAUCAACGAGGAAGAUGAGGUUUAUUUGAUUGAUGGCGGAAGAAUUAAGGAGCACGGAGCAAAAAAGGAUUUACUUAAUCAGGAAGGCCUUUUUAAAACGUUGGAAGGAUUCUCUUUAGACUCCAGAAAUGAAAAGAAACAUACUUCAACAAAGCAUAAUUCUCAUGUCUCAUUUCAGUCCAAACCAGCUAUGGAUGGUUCUGACUUAGAAAGUCAAACUUCCGACAAAAAGAACGAGAAGGUCAAUCUGAGUCUCAUAGUUCAGUUCCUUUCACAGUCACUUUCCAUUAAACUCAGAUUAGCAUAUCUUUGUGGAGUUGUUCUAUCUGUCUGUAGAUGCAUACUCACUCCGGUUUUUAGCUUUUGCGUCUCAAAGUUAAUAACUGGAAUUGUUCCUCAGGACUCUUCCGGAUUAACUGACGAGCACUACCAAAUGAAGUGGUCCUUGAUUUUAAUAGGCAUAGCUCUAUCCGAUGGUAUAUGCUUAUUAUUUGCCAGGCUUUUAACAGGUUCUGCUGCAGAACGUUUGGUGGAAGUUACCAGGUACAGAUCUUUCGUAAAAAUUCUUAACCAGGAUAUGACAUGGUUCCAAGAAUGCCGAAAGACCGAGAUUUCAACUCUCGUUAUGAACGACACUAGAGACAUGAGAACGGUGUUCAGUGGUUGCGUUGAUUCUAUCAUUGGUGGAAUAGUAAUUUUCUUUCUUGGUGUGAUUUGGGCAGCAACAAUUGGAUGGAAAUUGGCACUCGUUGGUCUCAGUUUCUUUCCACUCUUUGGAAUCUUGGGAAUCGUUGCUUCGUUAUUUUCCAAAAAGAGUGAAAAUAACUAUAAGGAUUCAAUUGUGCCUGUCGAAGAGAUGGUUGAUGAAACGGUUUCCGUCAUGAAAUCGGUGGUCUGUAUGAAUUUGCAAAAGUAUAUGGUUGAUCAAUUUGAGGCCAAGUUGGCCAAAAUGCUUCACAUGGGUGUGAAAAGGUCCAUUGUACUAGGAAUGAGCAUUAGCCUCACUCCGUUGAUAGUCUGCCUGGUUCAGUCCAUUCUCUUCUACUACGGUCUAAAGCUCGUUGUCACAAACCACUACAAUUUGGUUCAGACAAUGCAAGUCAUUAUGCUGAUCAUGUUUUCAACAGCAUUUUCCGCUUCAUUACUUGGUUCUCUUCCCAGCUUCCACAGAGGAAUGAGGGUUGCAGGUAAAAUCGAUGAUAUACUUAAAUUACCAGAUGACCCUAAUCAAACUACCGGCUACCUAACACCUCUCUUGACCACCGUCGAUACUUCCAAUGUCUUCAACUUUUCCAAUAUCUACUUCAAUUAUCCACAAUUGGAAAACAGGACAGUUUUGAAGAAUCUACAAUUGCAAAUCCCUAAACACUCAAUUACCUGUUUAGUGGGUCGUUCAGGGUGCGGUAAAUCUACCAUUGUCUCUCUUCUUUUACGUUUAUACACUGCGCAAGAGGGUCAAGUGGAUAUCAGUGGAUAUGAUGUGGCCACCAUUAAGCUAGAACACCUCAGAAAGAAUUUGGCUGUGGUGCCCCAGCAACAUUUCUUUGUGGAAGCUUCCAUCAGGGAUAAUCUCCUCUAUGGAAGUCCAGUUGCUGUUUCUAUCGACGAUGAAAGAAUAUUUGAAAUCCUCAGAUUGGUCGGUCUUGAUCAGUUUGUUCUUUCUUUGGAGUGUGCUUUGAAUACCAAAAUUGGUGGUGAUUCAAAAAAUAUGGUUGUCUCUGGAGGACAGGCUCAAAGACUCUGCAUUGCCAGAGCAUUGCUUCGUCCUUCGAAAAUCCUUAUUUUGGAUGAAUGCACUUCUUCGUUGGAUCCAUCUAAUGCGGAUCUGAUAAUGAAGUUACUUCUUAAAUUGAGGUCCCAAAUUUCCAUCGUUAUGGUGACCCAUAAGCAGGAAAUGAUGAAACUGUCAGAUAAGAUUUGUAUGAUAGUCCAUGGCAAAGUUGAAGAGCAGGGUACUUACGAUGAGCUUGUUGGAAAAAAGCACAGCUUCUAUAGCUUUUUAAACAGUUAA